ACCAAUGUCACAUACAGUCUGAGUGAGUGGCCUACAAAGACUUUGUAUGUGUGGCCAAACUCUCCUGUAUGCUCAGGCAUACUGACACUGUUCUCAUGGCAGCAGCAUUUUCAAGACUUAGGAGUCUUUGUGUUGCCUUCAACAAAAGCCUUUGGAUUACUGGUGAGACAGGCUCACAGUACAGCUGUGUGCGUGUAAAGGCAGGUCAGUGGAAUGACUGGAGCUUCGGUGGGCUAAGUACUCAAAAAAAUGCAGUUUGGUGAGAUUUCAGAUUAGGGGAGAGGGAAGGGAGAGGGACAGGUGCUAACUCUAUGGGGGGAAACAAAAGUCAUACUUCUCUUUGUUCAUGUCUCAGGGAGGAAUCAAGAUAUCUUCCAGAAAAAAGGGUUGAAUAAAGCAAACCUAUAUCUAAAUCAGUGUGGACUUUGUGGUGCUAUAUGAUAUUUAGCAAAUUCAUUGUCUUCUUUUUAGACCCACAGUACCUGUGAACACAUUCAGCCUGUAAGACAAUAACAGCACUGAGUGAAUGAAGGCUUCUAAUUGGCCCAGACAGUAGCCAAUCUGAAUGCAUGGAAUGAGUCACAGGGAAGCCAGUGCACCUAUCUUCUCUCACCUGAUACUUUACCUGGGUGAGCUCAAACCCUGCUUCUCAUUACCUUUCCAAUACAAUUUAUAACUGAGGCACACUGUAUCCUGUAAACUGCACCAGCCAAGGUGUCCCUCUGUAUUUAGCCUCACUGAGACACAAACAAGGAGCCAUGGCUGUGGCUAAUUUCCAGUACAUUACUCGGAUGAGCAGUGGCUUUAAGGUCUACAUCUUAGAAGGUCAACCCCACCUCAGAAGUGAAGACAGAUACAGACAUAUCACAAACGACCGGGUUCGAGCCCCAACAGUGUAUCCAGUGAAACGCAAGCGCAGCUAUGACAGAGGUCUGACAUUGGAGGAAAGACGAGAGCGAGCGCUGAGCAGAAGCAGUGGUAAAGCUGCCCACAGAGCAGCACCAGCACCAGCUGUGUUUAACAGUCCACAGAGCCCCUCACCUACCUGGAGUCCAACACCCAGCCCUACCAGCUCCCUGCCCACCCAUGUGUACUACGCACCAGUCAUGGAUGAACCCCUCGCUCUCAUCAAGAAACCAAGAAAAGACCCAGAUAACACAGAGGAAAAGCCUAAAAGCACUGCUGCCGGUCAAAUCCAGAUGCGUCCAUCUGUGAUCACAUGUGUCUCCUCAUUAAGAAAUCCAUCCUGCAGAUCUGAGGUCCACAGAAGCCAUUCAUCAGUGAUUUCCAAAAGCAGCUACGAUCAUGUGGUGGAGGAACAUUUCCAGAGGAGCCUUGGUGUGAACUACCAGAAAGCUCGGCCCCAGCAGCUCUCCAUCAGCGUGUCUGUUGAUGAGCACUUUGCCAAGGCUUUGGGGGACAAGUGGCUUCAGCUUAAAUCCAAGUCUUCCUCCUGUUCUUCCACACCUCCCAGCAGUCCAAGUGUUACUCACUCCCCCACCUACAGCCACAGUCCAAAUCAGUCCCACAAAGAGUCUGCCAGCAGCUCAUCGCCAACUUCAAGCCGCUGGUCUGUCAUUUAAAGCAAAAAAUUACCUCUGAUAUGGGAGGAAACUGGACUUUUAACAUUUCACUGCGUGCAGCUCUGUUUGGAUGAAAAUGCCAGAGCUUGUGUUAAAAGAACGAGCUAACAGAUGCAAAAGUGCUGUCACACUUUUGGACCUCCUUGUGUCCAGAUUUAAGGCACAUUGAUGCAGAUGAAUGUAGCAUGAAUCCUUCUUUUGUUACAUUUCCAUCCCGUUUGUCAAUAGCAUCUGAAUACCUAAGAUACUGUAGAUGGUGAUGUGGGAUGAGUGAAAAAUCAGCCAAAUAAUCCUUUACAUUUCUUUGAUUUUGUGUCAUUCUUUUAUUGCAGCCUGAAUGCCACAAGUUCGUUGUAUUAUAUUUAUAUACUGAUUUGCCCAGGUUCCUUAUAGUCUAAAUGACUAGCCUAUCCACUAUAUAAUAUUAUGCUUAUAAGAUGUAGACAAA